AUGUCGUCGGCUCUUAACGCGAUCAAGAUCCGUCGCAAGAAGAAUGUCAAGAAGGGUAUCCAGUUUUGCCUGAUGGUCUGUGGUGCCAGCGGAACCGGACGCACAACCUUCGUGAACACCCUCUGUGGCAAACAAGUGUUGGAGGGCAAGGACGCUGAUGACCCCGAGCACGCCCACGAGGAGGAGGGUGUGCGCAUCAAGCCCGUCACCGUUGGUGAGUCGAGUCCCGCCGCGCACACAUCCAUAUCUUCGAAUGCUGACCAGCGCGCUAUCACAGAGCUCGAGUUGGACGAGGAGGGCACCCGUAUCUCCCUGACUAUCGUCGAUACCCCCGGUUUUGGUGACCAGAUUGACAAUGAGGCCAGGCAUAUCGUCGGCUAUCUCGAGCGCCAAUACGAUGAUAUCCUCGCAGAGGAGUCCCGAAUUAAGCGUAACCCCCGCUUCAGAGACAACCGUGUCCACGUGCUCCUUUAUUUCAUCACACCCACGGGCCACGGCCUCCGCGAACUCGAUAUUGAACUGAUGAAGCGCCUGUCGCCGCGUGUGAACGUCAUCCCCGUUAUUGGAAAGGCCGACUCCCUUACCCCCGCAGAAUUGGCCGAGUCGAAGAAGUUGAUCAUGGAGGAUAUCGAGCAUUACCGCAUUCCCGUUUACAACUUCCCCUACGAUAUCGAGGAGGACGAUGAGGACACCGUCGAGGAGAACGCCGAGCUCCGUGGAUUGAUGCCCUUCGCCAUUGUUGGCUCCGAGGACUUUGUCGAAAUUGAUAACAAGAAAGUGCGCGCCCGUCAGUACCCAUGGGGUGUGGUCGAGGUCGAGAACCCACGACACUCCGACUUCCUGGCCAUCCGCAGUGCUCUACUCCACAGCCACCUCGCCGAUCUGAAGGAGAUCACCCACGACUUCCUCUACGAGAACUACCGUACCGAGAAGCUCAGCAAGAGCGUGGACGGUGCCACUCCUGCUCAAGACUCCACCAUGAACCCCGAGGACCUCGCCUCUCAAUCUGUCCGCCUCAAGGAGGAGCAACUCCGCCGCGAGGAGGAAAAGCUGCGCGAGAUCGAACUCAAGGUGCAGCGCGAAAUUGCCGAGAAGCGGCAAGAGCUGCUGGCUCGCGAGAGCCAACUCAGAGAGAUCGAGGCUCGCAUGGCACGCGAGGCCAGCCAGGGCAAUGUCAGCGAAGCCACUGGAGAGGCUUAG